UAUUUCAAAGUUUUGAUCUUUAUCAUGUUUUUGUUUAUAUUGGUACUGUCUAAUAUGUUCUUGUUGUAAUUCUUUGUAUGAUACUUUAUGUGAUUAAGUAUUUUCUUGAUAUCCAGUUGGGGAAGGGAUGAAAAAUGGGUUUGUUUUAUUUUUGAUUUUGGUGAAUUGGUUUGUUGGUCUAAUUCAUCUUUCUGAGUAAAAACAAAUCUGAAUUAGUAGGAUUUUGGAGAAGCUGUUUCUGAACUUGUUAAUCUGUCUUUCCUAAACUUGCAAGAAUUUUGUAGUCAUAUUAAUACUGUAUCAACACGCAAUUACAAUUCCUGAAAGUUCUAUUAUUUUGUUAUAAUCUCCUUUUUCUUUGGCACUGAUGUCAUGUUUGCAUGCUGGAUUGCAGCUACGAUUAUUCGGGAUAUGGUGGAUCAUCAGGUAAGCCAUCGGAGUUCAACACGUACUAUGACAUCGAAGCUGUCUAUAAUUGUUUGAAGAGCGAAUACGGCAUUAAGCAGGAGGAUAUUAUUUUGUACGGACAAUCUGUUGGCAGCGGGCCAACACUACACUUGGCAUCUCGCUUACAGAGGUUAAGAGCCAUUGUUCUUCAUAGUGCUAUACUUUCAGGAAUACGAGUUCUAUAUCCUGUAAAGAUGACAUUCUGGUUUGACAUUUUCAAAAAUAUAGACAAAAUACAAAAAGUCAGCUGCCCAGUUUUAGUGAUCCAUGGUACAGCAGAUGAGGUUGUUGAUUUUUCACAUGGUAAGCGUUUGUGGGAACUCGCCAAAGAGAAAUAUGAUCCGUUAUGGGUCGAAGGUGGAGGACAUUGUAAUCUAGAGACAUUUCCUGAGUACAUUAAGCACUUGCGCAAAUUCGUUAAUGCAAUGGAGAAACACUCGUUUUCUAAACGAAACAAGGCACGGCUUUCUCAAGCCCCAAGUAUAACCGAAUCCAAACACAACAGAUGCUUAAGAUUUGGAAAGAGAUGAAAUGAUUUGUUCUAGUUAUUACUAAGAAGUGUUGCACAGGAAUUAGCUGCUUUUUCGCGGAAAUAGAUAAAGUUCGCGUUUAUUGCAGCAACAUAACUGAUUCAAGAACUGGCUGCUUUAACACCGAUGUUACCAACUCAAGAUUGUGCUGCUGAGCUUGUUUCGUCGUUUGCUAAAGAUUGAGGUAACACGAGUAAGAUUUAGUCAGUUCGUUACAGAUUGCUGCUCACUUGAUUAGUUUAUGUGUUGGACAAGGUCAGUGACUUGUCUGUUAAUGUAACAGUGUGUAUUAUCCCCAGAAAAGAUUAUGGUUAGACUUGAUUUAACUCUCUGUACACUAGGAAUCUCAGUGUUUUAUGUAGAGACCACCUUUUCUUGGCAAUAGAGAUACAAAUUUAUUUGCCUGUAUCA